AACAGUGUUUCUAUUUUUAAAAUCUCGCAAUGAAUUACACAAGUAAAAAGAAUAUUAUUAUCAUCGUCAUUUGAAAUUUGUUAUAUUAAAAGAACAGACUCCACGCAUCAGUGAAUGUUUGCCAAAACUCCGCUACUCCUCCAUAUGCUCCCGCCUGGAAACGUAGACAACAUUAUUGUAUUUGACGAGAGAAACGUUAAGCAGACAACGAAACAAAACAAACAAAAAAAAACUACAGCUACCAGAAGCCUACAGCACGUUUUAAAAUAACGUAAGGACGUCAAUACGUGUACGUGAAGAAAGUGGAAUGUGGCGCAAAUUAGCCAAUGAAUGCCAAGCGGCAGAAGCAACUCACGCGAGAUUUUGCUUGAAUUUCCAGGCGGGAGCGUGGUUUUAAAAACAACAGUUCAGUGCGCGGUGGCGCUCUAACUGUAAUAUAACUUUGAUUUGAUCGAUGCGAUACGCAAACAGUUAAGACGUUUUCAACCCAACACAUUUCUACCUGCACCGAGGAAUCAUCGUCUUUCAUAUUCUCUGAGAAAAAGGUUGAAUAAAAAUGAAUUCCCCAGACGAAGAUGUCAGCGUGCGCACCUUGCUGAAAGCUGUGAUGAGUACAGAGCCCGAUCAGACUCCCGUGCGGGUGACGCGCAGACAAACAAAGCUGGAGAGUGGCCAUUCUAAAAGGAGGAGUGCAAGACUGCAGAGGCUCGACAUUGGACUCAUGUCUCCCUCACUUGCCCUCCGCAGUAAACAGAAACAGAAGAUACUACAGAGUGGGAUCAAAUCUCCACAACCUGGAAGGACUAAAAGGACAUCGAAGGGGAACAAACCAUUGAUCUGCCCCGGAGUGCUGGGGAACCAAGAGGACCUGGAUGAAUUCACACCGAGAGGUCUUCUCCGAAAGAUCAUUCUAACACAACCUGACAGUUCGCUGGUGAUUCCUAACAGACCUGUGAGGGAUGAUGACCAUGAGCAGGCGUCCAGUCCAGGAGCUUCCAGGCCCAGCACUGAGACUUUUAAUGUAGAUCUACCUGAUCUGUCCACCGGUAAUAUUACUGCAUUUGUCAAAGGAAUCAGCAGAAAAAGACCCAAGAAAAAAAUCAGCGUCACUGUGUUUGAAAAAGACAUGGAAGCGAUGCCACUGCAGGUAGCAGAAAAUCAACAGCAAGAGCCAACUGAGAGCAUCUCAGUUUUAUCUGCAGGCACUGCUUCAUUCAGUUCCUUCAACCUCUCUCUCAAAACUCCAGUCGAGGAAGAAGACCCCAAAAACCAUGGACUGCGCCGGAGGGCCCCCAAACGCAAAGCCAUCAGCAUCGAGGAUUUUGAAGAAGGGGUGCAAAAUUAUUUACACAAGAAAAUGGCAGGUCUGGAAAAAAGUUGCGUGGACCCCCAGAAAGUGCUCUGUGAGACGCCGGGCAUGGAGAAAUUCACCCUGGGUCUCAGUGCUGCCCUGCCCCCUGAUCUGACAGGAAUUGCUUUCAACAACACUGAACUCUUUGAGCCGCCUUUCUUCAAGUCCCCUAACCUUGCUGGACGGAAUACCCCUGCAGUGCACACAGCCUCCCUGCAUUCAAUCACAGGGGCUGACAGUAUAGAGGAGGAGGAGGAGGAAGGGGUGAGACGGCCAUCUGAGGUCGGGAUGGAGAGAGAAAAGGAGGAGGGAGAAGGGGUGAGACAGCCAUCUGAGGUUUGGAUGGAGGUGGAGGAGAAAGAGGUGGAUGAGAAAGUAGAUGUUGCAGAUGGGCAGGAAGAGGGAGAAGAGAAAGUAGAUGAUACAGAGGAAGACAAAGAGCCAGAGACUGACAGGGAGGUAACACAUGAGAAAAAUGAAAACCAGACUGAAGCAGAGGAGGAGGAGGAGGAGCAGCAGCAGGAGGUGGUAAUAGAUGAUAACGAGGAUGAAGAGGUAGCAGAGGAAAGAGAAGUUGGGGAAGAGGAAGAAAGAGAAUCGGUCCUGGGUGAACCUGAAAACAUGGAAACGGAGCACACAGAGAGGACAGCCGUUCGCUCACAGAUUGAAGUGAAGGAAAUGGAUGUUGACUCGAUGCACAGAGGAAAAGAAUACAGUGGCAUCUUCACCGGGAACAGGGGAGAUCUGGUUAAAGUAUUUGAGAGCCCUGCAGCUUCUAGACAGAUUGACAGGCAGCCUGAAUCUGCAGUUCACAUAUUCCAGCAUGCUGAGCAGAGGAGAGCAAGCCAGACGGGGGGUCCCACGUAUUCCGUGAAUGAUCCCACCAAUACCACUUCACUGAACCAGAUGCAGUUUACCCCUGUUGUGGAACCGAGCACACCGUUUGCCCCUGAGGCAUCUGAGAGUGGAAGAUCAAGUGCUCCAGGGACGCCGCGCGAAUCUGAGAGGCUGAGUAGCCCACCCUCAGGAGGGGCCCCUGCCCAAGAGACCCCACAAACAUCUGCUGGAGGGGCCUUGGGGGCUGAGGAGGAGGAGGAGGAGGAUGAAGAGGAUGAAGCGAGCGAUGGAGCGGAGAGUGUAGAGCUCUCUUUGAAAACUCCAGCUUUCCUGCGUACCAAGAAAUCUGCUGAAACACCUGCUUCCAGCCUGUCCACCCCUGUCUUUCUCAAGGGAAAAGUUACAAGUAAGUCUCUGCCUUCGGCUGAGAAGGCGAAGAAGCCCCAGCAGAAAAAAAACAAAGUGGUGAAAGCAGACAAGGCAACUGGGCUGCCAAAAAGCUUAGUCACCUCUGUCUUCUCACACUUUGCCAAGACAACGGUGUCCCGAGACACCUACCCCAUCCUUCAGCAGUGUUUGGACAAAUAUUUUGACCGUCUCUCUGAUGACCUGGAGGCAUAUGCCAGACAUGCUAAAAGAAAGACCAUUGAAUUGGCUGAUGUGGAGCUUCUCCUUAGAAGGCAGGGGUUUGUUUCUGACAAAAUGCCCUUGAAAGUGCUGAUUGAGCGCCAUCUUCCCAUGGAAUACAGGAAGCUGCUGAUACCUGUGGCUACCAGUGGGAAUCGGGUGAUUCCCAAGAUGUAACUCUGUCCUGCAGAUCUCCCCUCUCCCCAUUGGGCUUCAUCCACAAGCUGUUAGUCACACCUGUAACAAUUGGUCCUGCUGGUGUUCCAUAGCCAAUGCUUUCUGACAUAUUUUAAAUAAGAUUCAGACUUCUUGCCUCUGAUCCAGUUCUUUCUUUGUUGUCUGUCUAUUUUAAAUGUAUUUUAAAAAAUAUUAUUACUAUUGCUAGGCAUUGUGUAUAAUUGUAAUAAAGGUACUCUUUGGAAAUACAAUAAAGAUUAGAAUAUAAAAUAUGAUGAAAUAUGUUUUGCAGAUGUAGAAUACAUUUAAGAGAGAAUUGGAACUGCAGGGACCUGCUGAGAGUGUGUUAGUCUUCUUUUGGCCCAGGCCCCGUCCUCUUGACGUCUGCAGCUAAGAGCUGUUGCAUGGCUGAGUUGACAUCCACAGAGGCAGCCUGCUCCAAGUCCUCCUUCUCUGUCUGGAAAGCCAGGCAGAUGUAGCUUUCCAGAGUCGGGUCGAUGCUUUGAAAGGCAGUCCUCAGGUCAGUUGUUGGAGUUCAAAUCCUCCAAGUGACCCUGCUGGGAUUCUGUGGCUUGGAUCAGCUCCUGGAUCUGUUCCUGGUUUUUCAGCAAGAAGGCUCUGCUUAAUGCUUGCCUGCAAGAAAAAGGAUAAGAAAAAUGGGUGCAUUCUGUUGCGUGCUCAGGAACCAGACAUCUAUAAUGUCUUGAUCUACAGCAUGAUUUCUGUGCUUUGUUAAAGACCAUAUGAUAUAUAUUACAUAUUGUACUUUACAGAAUAAAAAUGACACUUGAGAAAGGUUUGGAAUAUCUCUGUAGAGAAACGCUACAUGAAGACGUGGCAAUUCAUCUCGCCUGAAUUUCUCCUUGCGCAGGGAGCCCUUCUCUGAGGAAUCACUGUGCAUCUGCUCUUUUAACAGGUGAGAGAUCAGGUGAAUCUGGCUGUGAUACACACCUUCAU